UCUCGCAUUCACAUAACUGUCAUCACAGCAUCCCAGGGCGGCAACUAUGGUUGCACUUUAGUUUUCAUUCACAUAACUAUCUAUCACCAACUUUCCUUCUAGGCUCUAGUAACCGAUUAGCUUCUCUUUUAAUUGUGCACUCUGAUCAGCUUCCAUUUCGAAUGGCUUAUCCUCCGCAACCCGACCCUUUCUCUGGGUCCAGCCGUGAAGCCGAUGCCGGUGCAGUCUUCGUCCUCGAAUCAAAAGGGCAGUGGUGGCACGCGGGGUUCCACUUGACGACGGCGAUAGUAGGACCUACAGUACUGACGUUGCCAUACGCAUUCAGGGGGCUAGGGUGGGGCUUAGGGUUCCUAUGCUUGACGGUAAUGGGAGUGGUGACCUUCUACUCUUACUAUCUCAUGUCCAAGGUGCUCGAUCACUGUGAGAAAGCCGGUCGCCGUCAUAUACGGUUCCGCGAACUUGCGGCGGAUGUUUUAGGUACUGGAUGGAUGUUUUAUUUUGUCAUAUUCAUUCAGGCAGCCAUCAAUACUGGAAUAAGUACAGGAGCAAUAUUGCUUGGAGGGGAAUGCCUUCAGAUCAUGUACUCGGAUAUUUCUCCGAAUGGAUCCCUGAAAUUGUACGAGUUCAUAGCAAUGGUGACAGCAGUAAUGAUAGUUCUCUCUCAGCUUCCAACCUUCCACUCACUAAGACACCUCAACAUGGCUUCACUAUUUCUCAGUUUGGGCUACACUUUCCUUGUAGUUGGUGCUUGUAUUCAUGCAGGUCUCUCAAAAAAUGCCCCUCCAAGGGAAUAUUCACUAGAAUCGUUCGAGUCUGCUAGAGUCUUCAAUGCCUUCGCUUCCAUCUCCAUAAUAGCUGCUAUAUUUGGGAAUGGAAUACUGCCUGAAAUACAGGCAACUUUGGCUCCCCCUGCUACAGGGAAGAUGGUAAAAGGCCUUAUUAUGUGUUAUAGUGUUAUUCUGGUCACAUUCUACUCAGCUGCAGUUUCUGGAUAUUGGGUGUUCGGAAACAAAUCUAAUUCUAAUAUCCUCAAAAGCCUAAUGCCAGAUGAGGGACCUUCCUUAGCUCCAACAUGGGUUCUCGGCCUCAGUGUUGUUUUUGUCUUGCUUCAGCUUUUUGCUAUUGGCCUGGUGUAUUCUCAAGUAGCUUAUGAGAUAAUGGAAAAGAAUUCAGCUGAUGUGAAUCAAGGAAUGUUCUCCAAAAGGAACCUAAUUCCGAGGCUAAUUCUUCGAUCUAUUUAUGUGAUAUUUUGUGGAUUUAUGGCAGCCAUGCUUCCAUUCUUUGGAGAUAUAAAUGGUAUUGUAGGAGCUUUAGGUUUCAUCCCUCUAGAUUUUGUCCUCCCAAUGCUUCUAUACAACAUGACCCACAAGCCUCAAAAAUCUACCCUUACCUACUGGAUCAAUAUCUCUAUUAUAAUUGUCUUUUCUGGAGCAGGAAUCGUGGGUGCAUUCUCUUCUAUAAGAAAAAUGGUCCUCGAUGCCAAAAAGUUCAAGCUCUUUAGUAGUGAUGUGGUCGAUUAAAGAGUGCACAUAAAUCACCUGGCCAUUUUUGGCUGUGCAAUGGGUGAUUAGGCCCUUAAACAUAAAGAAAGCAUAGCAUACCUCUUGUUGUCAAUAAGAGAAAUGUGAUGAUAUACAUGACAUUGCAAGAGAAAAAUGAAUCAGAGUCUUUGUACAGUUUAUUCCAUGACAUAAAUGUGCAAUAGUAAAUUGAGGUUAUUAUUGCUAAAGAGACAUUUUGGCAGUUAAAAAUUUACGGUUAAUAUUCAUCAGGUGAAACCUGAACCGUCUGUGUUACUGUUAAAUGGAAAGACUAAUUGCUCUGAUUUCUAUCUGUAUUGUGGUCCUAUAUGUAAAAGCAAUUAGGUUAAUUCUGGGAUGUCCAUCAUGGAAUUUGUGGCUUUAGUUGUGGUUUGGUGAAAAGUGAAGCCCUUCUACAAUGUUUGGCAAAUUAUGAGGUGGGUUGGUGAGGUCAACUUGAAGGGACUUGAAGGAGAAUUUUGGCACUUUCCAAUUACUGUUGGAUAGUCAGUAAAAUUUUUCUUUUCUAUAAUCAUAUAUGUAUUAGGUGAACCAAAGUCCUAUCUGUAAUUAUUGAGGCCCAUUACUCUUGUGUGUUUUUGUGCUAGUUUCUUGGUAUGUGUGUAUAUAUAUAUUUUUAUUUAUUAAGAAGUUGAACGAGUCAAAAUAUAUUAUCAACUUUUUA